UAGACACACCAAAGUGACCAAACCAUCCAUAACUAGAAGCACAAAAACAAUAACACUUGAGAAGAGAGAUGCUUCUGCUAAGCCAAGCUCCAAACCUCUCAGCCAAGCGAUGUUCUCUCUCAUCCUCUCCCCUCAACCCCAAAUUCACUAACCCAAAACCCUUCCUCUUCUCCAACCGCAAACCCAAACUCACUUCCACUUCAAAACCUCUCAAUCUCACUCUAGCAAAACCAGAAGGAGGCAUCGAUUCCAGCUCUGCAACCAAACCAACCACACCUUUUCACAAUGACCAAACCGUUUUUGUGGGCCAAGAAAACGUUCCCUUGGAAGGUGUUAUUCAGUUCGAUAAACCCACUUCGGAUUCUUCUUUUUCUUCACGUUUGAACAAAUGGGGUUGGGUUGCUUUGCUUGCUGGUGGGGAUGUUUUGGCUUUGCUUUUGUUCGCUGCAAUUGGAAGGUUUAGUCACGGUUUUACUGUUUUUGACACUGAGACACUGCGCACGGCUGACCCUUUUAUUGCUGGGUGGUUUUUAAGUGCUUACUUCCUUGGAGGUUAUGCGGAGGAUGGCCGUGGAAUGAAUGGUCCUUCAAAGGGUGUCAUUGCUGCUGCUAAGUCAUGGGCGCUGGGAAUUCCAUUGGGAAUAGUUAUAAGGUCUCUAUCAUCAGGCCAUUUUCCGCCAUAUAACUUUAUACUAGUAACAAUGGGAAGUACUGCUGUUUUACUCGUUGGAUGGAGAACAAUACUGUACAACAUUCUGCCCAAUGAUAAGAGCAAGAAGAGUGAUGUAUAUCGCCGUGGCAGCCCAUUUGAACUGUUUGAGGUUGUUCAAUUCCUCAAUUUCUAUUUGGACCAAAAUGACGGCCUACCUUUGUGAAUUGAAUAAGUUGAUGCAGUGAAUGAGUGUCGCGGUUAUGGACCAUAAGAAAGAAUGAUGAGCAGAGCAUUCCUUUCAUCAGUCUUUAUAGUAGGAAUGGUGAGAUAGACGUCCAUGGCCUUCCAGUUUGAAGUAAUUCUUUUCUAUCAUGUGAUGCAUCUUCUAUAUUUUAGGUUUUCCAUUAUAGCCAUAUAUGGGCUCUUGAAGAAUCAGGGUUUUAGUGUACAAGCGCACUUCAUCUCAAUUUUCUGUGAAUAUUAGAAUAUCAACCUCACCGUCUUGGUAGAAGUUAAAGCAUUUCAAGAAUAGACAGGAGUUGAUCACGGAAGACAUCAAUUGAGACAUGUCUUGGUAGGAGGAACUGAUCAUGGAAUAGAAUGUUUACCUACAAAAGCAAAUCAUAGUAGAGGAAUGGGAAAAGUUAGGCAUGUUACACAAGAUGUAUGGCUGAAACUAUAGUAUCCAGAAAAUUUAUGUAUUCAUAUUUUCCUAAGUAGGUAGAAAAGCAAAUCAAACAAGUACAUUGGAAAGUGAAAUGACUAGCGUGUGAGCAUGGCCAUGCUCAUGUGGCAUCAA